ACCAGCUGCACGCAAACCAAUGAGAAUGCACGAGCUUUCUGUUUUCCCACCAAAGUGUGUGGCAUCUUUCCGCUCCGUGCAUGCAUCUCCUUCCCCGAGCCACCGAUCGUGGGGUGCAUGCAUUUAUUUAAGGCUGCACACAUGCGUGGCCGACAUCCGGGUCGCAUUCGUGCAGCAGACGGGCGAGAGAGCCGCUCACAUCACGGUAACGUUAAAUCAAAGGUGAACGGGGCGGAGUAGAGGAAAGCCGAGCAUGGCGUCCGCGUACGGCUCCAGGACUCUGAGUAAAGAUGAUGUGAACUACAGGAUGCAUUUCCGCAUGAUCAACGAGCAGCAGGUGGAGGACAUCACCAUCGACUUCUUCUACAAGCCGCACACCAUCACCCUGCUCACGUGCACAGUGCUCAGCCUCAUGUACUUCGCCUUCGCGCGAGAUGAUGGAAACCCUGACAAUAACCUGUGGGUGGGUCUCAUCCUGGUCAUCUCGUUCUUCCUGGUCAUCAGCGUUCUCGCCUUCCCCAACGGUCCGUUCACAAGACCCCAUCCAGCGAUAUGGCGGAUAGUGUUCGGAUUGAGCGUGCUGUACUUCCUCUUCCUGGUUUUCAUCAUCUUCCUGAACUGGGAGCAGGUCAAGUCUCUCAUGUUCUGGCUGGAUCCCAAUCUGCGCUACGCCAAACGGGAAGCCGACAUCAUGGAGUAUGCUGUGAACUGUCAUGUGAUCACCUGGGAGCGAAUCCUCAGCCACUUCGACAUCUUCGCCUUCAGUCACUUCUGGGGCUGGGGCAUGAAGGCUCUGCUGAUCCGCAGCUAUGGCCUGUGCUGGACCAUCAGCAUCACCUGGGAGCUGACCGAGCUGUUCUUCAUGCAUCUUCUUCCGAACUUCGCCGAGUGCUGGUGGGAUCAGGUCAUCCUGGAUAUCCUGCUGUGUAACGGAGGCGGGAUCUGGCUGGGAAUGACCGUCUGCCGCUUCCUGGAGAUGCGCACGUAUCACUGGGCGAGCAUCAAAGACAUCCACAGCACCACGGGGAAGAUCAAGCGCGCCGCUCUACAGUUCACACCGGCCAGCUGGACAUACGUGCGCUGGCUCGACCCCAAAUCCUCCUUACAGAGAGUGAUGGGAGUCUAUCUGUUCAUGAUCAUCUGGCAGCUGACGGAGCUGAACACCUUCUUCCUGAAGCACAUCUUCGUGUUCCCAGCAUGCCACGCUCUCAGCUGGUGCCGGAUUCUGUUCAUCGGGAUCAUCACGGCUCCUACUGUACGGCAGUAUUACGCCUAUCUGACGGACACACAGUGCAAACGGGUCGGGACUCAGUGCUGGGUGUUCGGGGCGAUCGCUUUCCUGGAGGCACUGGCCUGCGUUAAAUUUGGACAGGACUUGUUUUCUAAGACGCAGGUUCUCUAUGUGAUUUUGUGGCUCGUGUGUUUGGCUUUCAUCACGUUCCUGUGUCUGUAUGGGAUGGUGUGGUACGCAGAGAACUACGGGCCCCAAGAGAAGAGCUUCUCGGAGUUUGAGGACAGUAUUUACUCGGAGCCGGGCGACGCUGUGUCUGAAUGCAGAGGGGAGUUUGAGACGGACAGCACAACUUCCUCUUCCACCAGGAAACGGAGGGACUCUGUGAAUAACUCCAGCAUCAACGGCGUGGAGAAAUAAACCUUUGCACACGUGUGGCUCCUGUGAACGGACAGAGACUGGUCAGGUUUGGUCCGAGCGGUCUGCAGUGACCCUGAAAAGCAGCACUGUGUUCAGUUAGUCGACUGACUCUACUUGUUAACUACAGAGACGGGUUAACCCGGUUAGAUCCCAAGCGCUGUUUUCAGUCGCAUGCCAGACUCGUAACUGUGCUCACCAGUGUUUUCGACGAUGUAUUUUACUGUAUGCUGACGAUCUCAGAUCAUCUUAUCAUAUCAUAAUGUGUCUACAAACAAUCAUGUAUUCUGAAGUCAACAUGAAACCAGAAUUUACCCUUUUUAGUUCUUAAAAACACACUUUUGGUGCAUUUGCUGCUGCAUGAUUUUGAAUGUUUUCUGCUCACCAAGGCUGCAUUUAUUUGAUCGAAAAACAAGAAAUGCAUGUGAAAUAAUAUCACUAUUUCUAAGAGUAUAGAUGUUCAAAUGUAAUUUAUUCUUGUGUUCAAAGCUGGAAAGCUCAAGGAACAUUUCUGAUUAUUAUUAUCAGUGUUGAAAACAGUCGUGCUGUAGUGCAAUAUUUUUGAUGAAACCGUUUUCUUUUAGUACAUUAUUAAUGUCUUUACUGUCACUUCUGAUCAAUUGAAUGCAUCCUUGAUGAAGAAAAGUAUUAAUUUCUAUAAAUAAACCCCAAAUUUACCCCAAACUUGGGUGGAAUGGCUUGUGAAAGGUGUUUCAUGUUGACUUGUUUUCUCCAGACUGAACGUGAAGCUGCUGUCCGUGUUUAUGAUGAUGAUGAUGAUGUACUUGAAGCGCAGGAUGUUUAAUGUGUGUUCGCCGUUUUCAAUCAUUUCUUAUCAAAGCUCGUUUCAGCCACUGAAUAUAAAUUCAAGUAAUCACGACCUUUUAAUCUCUCAACUCUGACUUGUUUUUCAAGGAGAUUCAUGCAUUUCUAAGAGAAAUCUUAGCACAGGAUUAUAACUGAUAAUUGCGAGACAUAAACUUGCAAAUGCAAGAAAAAAGUCAGAAAUAUGAGAUUUUUUUUUUUGCACAAUUCUGAUUUUAUCUGACAUUUUUGACUUUUUCCUUGCAAUUUGUUUCACAUUUGAGGUUUUAAAUUUAAAAUGCAAUUUAAUUACAUUUUUAAAAAAUCUAAAAUUUCAUUUAUUCAAUCUCAGAAGUUUUUAUCUUUCAAUUCUGACUUGUCUCACAAUCAAUAUCUUUUUUUAUCUCACAUUUCUAACUCCCAAUUCAGAUUUUGUUAAAUCUCACCUUUUGAUUUAUUCUCUCUCAAUUCUGAUUUAGUCUCACAUUUCCCAUUUGUUUUUUCUUUUUUUACUCCCACAUUUCAGAUUUUUUUGCAUCCCAAGUUUGACAUUUUAAAUCACAAUUUUAAUUAAUUUGUAUGAAAAAAAUGAUUAAAUCUAAGUUGCAUUCAUCUCCAAAGUUUAUAUAUUUAAAUUCUGUCUUGUUUCACAAUUUUUAUUUUCUCUUCCUCACAUUUCUGACUUUUAGUCACAGUUUGGAUUCUUAGGACGUCUUGCAUCUGCAGUUUAUGAGCAGUGCAGAGAAAGACAAAACAACAUUACUUUAUCACAAAAUAUAAUGCGUAUCAGACUCAGGAUCCAGAGAAAAGCAUCAGAAUUUUGAGAUUCGUGAGCUCCUGUAGUUUUUGGUUUUGCGUGUGUGCGAGUCUCCUGCUUCAUCCGUGUGUGUGUGUGUGUGUGUGUGUGGUAUUAAUAUGAUCAUCACAGACUGCAUGCAUGCUUUAAUAACUGCGUUACGUUUAAUUGCAGGUUUUGUUUGUGUAUUAAUGACGUGAUGCUUCAUAUCCAUCUGCCAAACUCUUGUGAAACACUGCAAUGCCUUUCUGUCCUGCUUCUUGUCUUCUUGAUAUUAAACCUGUAGUUUUCUGUGAAGAAGGGCAGAACGUGACUGAACUCUGCAGCUUUUCAUUAUAUGAUGUUUGUUUGCUCGCUAUUUACAUGCAACUAUUAGGAAUGUGACUGAAUUUUACGAUUAAACUUCAUCUGUAUCUUGUGA